AUGUAUCUUGAUAUAAUAUCUUUUAGGAAAGCUUUCACCUUCCCAAAACAGACAGCCACAGACUAUGUGAAGAUCACGUUUGAUGACAAGACAUCCCUAAUGCCCCUGACUGUCUGCCUGAGAUUCAUCACUGACUUGAGUCGAGAGUUCACGAUUUUCUCCAUGGGCACGCUUACACAUGAUCACGCAUUUCUGCUGUACAAGGAACCAUCCAGUGUGCAUGGAGGGUAUAUCAAUAAUCUAUUUGCUAAUUUCUCUGGCCUUCCAAUCGAGGUGAACAAGUGGAUCUCGACCUGUGCGACCUAGAAUUCCACAAACCGCCUGAUUCAGCUGUGGGUAAAUGGAAAGCACAGUGUCCAGAAACCUAUGGGGAAUAAGACAGCUUUCCGAACACCCGCCAUUAUCACUUUAGGUCCGGAGCAGGACGGUUAUGGAGGGGGCUUUAAUGCAUAGCAAUCUUUCGUGGGCGACAUCACUGACAUCACUGACAUCACUGACUGGCACCCCCUCUCCCACACCCCCUCUCCCUGCCAGAUCCAGGGCUACAUCGCUCACACAAGCUUCUCACCAGGUAAUGUUAUAUGCUGGAAAGCUCUAGAGUAUGUUAAACAGGGGAGUGUGACUGUAGAAGACACCGAGAUCAAUACUUGUGAAAAGCCUGGGCUGUUAUGA